CUGCGCUGUGGAGCAGCAGCCAGUCCAACGCUGAAGGACACCGAGAGAGGAGAGACUUCCCGGUACAGGGGGACGAUAACCAAGCAGGAUUAAAAGAGGGAAGCAUUUCUCCUUUCAUCGCAGUCUCUCUUUCUCUUUUUGUGUCACUGGCCGGUUGGAUAAAUAGAGGACGAACAUCAGAAGGAGCAACAGCAGCAAAGAUCUCGUCAGAUUCUCCUCAGUGGGACAUACGUCGGUCCCCCGAAUGCCACAGGUGUGACCCCACCUCCCCCCCAACCGCCCAUCAGACUCCAGCCGACCCUUCAGCAACCUAAUCAUCUUCCUCGGAGCUUCCAUGGCAACCCCAUCUGCUCACAGGCUCAGCGGUCGCCAGCUGCUGCACUGAGGAGAAGAAAAGGAUUCUGGGUGUUUUUUAAUGGACUUGGUUUUUGGGCCACAGAGGAGCGUGGGAAUUUGUCGGACUUUUUUUCCUUUUCCUGGAUCCUGUGUGGGUGCACAGAUGCAAAGAAAACAAUAGCUGGAACAAACCUGAAGCCUUGACACACACACACACACACACACACACACACACAAUGUAACUCGAGGAAACUGAACACAAGAAAAAGACGACUUUAAAAAAAGAUUUUGUGUGCAAAAUGUCGGCUCACAGGAGGUGACAUGCGGCUCGUAACGACCUGCAGAAACCUCCCGGAAACUUUAUUCUCCGAACGCGGCCAUUUUUAACAAGCUGAGAGCUGCUGCUGCACACACACAAACACACACACACACAAAACUGAAAGAAAACACACACACACACACCCGAUAAGCUGAGCGAGGAGUUAUAAAGUGCUACCAGGUUAUUAUCGGCCUUGGCACUUCCUAUUUUCGUCUUUAAUCUUUGUAUUCUGAGUAAUCAUCUUUUUAAUUAAUGGCGACGGCGGCGUGAAAUCUUCCACUCCUCGCCCCCCCUCCCUUCCCCCCCCAACACACACACACACACAGACACACACACUUUCUUUCUCGCCUACACCAGAGACACCUGAAACCAAUUAGAAACAGCAGAUCUAGAUGGGGAUUAGACACAGGAAGAUCAGCAGAGAUUAGGUAAACACAGAGAGGGGAGGAAGGGGAAAGGGGGAGGGGGGAAAGGAGGAGAGGAUUGAAAAAAAAAGCCAUAAAGAGCAAGGGAGGAGUUAGGAAAAAAAAAAAAAAAAAAAAAAAAGACCCUGUCGUUCAUUGUGGGUGAUCAAUAGGAGGGCGGGGGCAGCAGGCGGGGCAGGAGGAGGGUAUGGCGAGAUUGGGGCGGCAGCCAACAGCGAAGAUAACGACUAGUUGUGUGUCCGCACGUAGUGUAGACCGCGGGAGUCCUGAGUCCUGACCGGCUAGGAGUCAUUGUCGCUUCCCUGCUCAGUGCGGGCGAGCGAGGGAGGGAAGUACAGAGAGAGAGAGAGAGAGAGAGAGAGAGAGAGAGAGAGAGAGAGAGAGAGAGAGUGUUGGCUGGACGCCAUGAUCACGGCCAAUUAAGAGACUUUGAUUAUAUGCCUUAAUCUUGGCAGUCAGGUGGAAACGCAGACACGGAGAGACAGAGGAGACACAGCAGGUGCCACUGAUACACACCAUUAUCUCCGCCCGUCUGUAAUUGAGUCUGUCUCGCCCCCCCUCCGUCCUGUGUUUUCGGCAUCACGUCCACAAACCAGAUCCGUCUUCUUCGGAAAAGGAAGAAGCUCAUUUUCUGCCCCCAAAAUGUUCAUUUUUCCCAUUCUUGUUUAGCAACGACAGAACCAAAGCCCUCUUCCGUAAAAAAAACAAAAAAAAAACAGAUGUGUGUACUCAAUCUGGAGGACAUUUCGUUCCUUCUCUUUCCUCAAUUUCACUCCAUCCGUAUUUGUGGGCAUGUCCUAUUUAGAAGUGUCCCCCCGCAGCCUCCACACUCUCCACAUUGAGUGAGAUGAAAGGGACUGACAAACAGAAAUAAAAAGAAAGGCGAGAGACAUCGAGGGAUUGAAUCUGGAGAGGACAGAGUGGAGACUUCAUUUCCUCCGUCCCAUGUACCCCGAGGCUCCCGCCAACCCCCCCUCUUUUUAAAAAUCCUCUUCUCUCCGGAGCUUUUCUACUCGCCAGCUCUCUUCCUUGUGGAUCGUAUACUCUGCACCUCCAUCCAUCCAUCCAUCCAUCCAUCCGUGUAUCCGUCUGUCCCGGACCCCGCUGAGAUUAAACUGGCUUCCGUCAUCAGAGGGAAUCUGUUGAUAUCGGCUCCUGGUGUCAUCAUUCUGUGAGUACUUCAUUCUGUGGCGGUGCAGGCAGCCAGCAGACCAUUCUCCAUGAGGAGCAGUGGAAGAUGCCGGCUCUGCCAGCGCUGCUGCUGUCGAUUUACGUCGCCGUCCUGCUGCUGACCAUGGCCCCGCUCUCCUUCAGCCAGGCCCUCUCCGCCGUCCGCAUGGCGGCCAUUUUGGAUGACCAGUCGGCGUGUGGUCGUGGCGAGCGCCUGGCGCUGGCUCUGGCGAGGGAGAACAUCAACAGUCUGAUGGAGGGCUCCUCCCAGGCGAGGGUGGAGGUGGACGUCUACGAGCUGCAGACGGACUCCCAGUACGACACCACCGACACCAUGUGUCAGAUCCUGACGAAGGGCGUGGUCUCAGUGAUUGGUCCCGCCUCCAGCCCCGCCUCUGGGUCCACCAUCAGUCACAUCUGUGGGGAGAAAGAGAUCCCUCACGUGAAGAUCGGUCCGGAGGAAACCCCGAAGCUGCCGUACCUUCGCUUCGCCUCGGUGACCCUGUACCCCAGCAACGAGGACCUGAGCCUGGCCAUCGGGUCCAUCCUGCGCUCCCUCGGCUACCCGACCACCAGCCUCGUCUGUGCCAAAGCAGAGUGCCUGCUGCGAUUGGAGGAGCUGGUCCACCGCUUCCUGAUAUCCAGGGAGACGCUGUCGGUGCGGAUGCUGGACGACAGCCUGGACCCCACCCCCUUGCUGAAGGAGAUCCGGGACGACAAAGUGGCCACCAUCAUCAUCGACGCCAACGCCUCCAUCUCCUACCACAUCCUCAGGAAGGCCAACGAGCUGGGGAUGAUGUCGGCCUUCUAUAAAUACAUCCUCACCACCAUGGACUUCCCUCUGCUGCGAUUGGACGACGUGGUGGGCGACCAGUCCAACAUUUUGGGCUUCUCCAUGCUGAACAGCAGUCACCCCUUCUACCUGGAGUUCAUCCGGAGCCUCAACCUGUCCUGGAGGGAAGGCUGCAACGUGACCCCGUACCCAGGACCAGCGCUGUCGUCGGCCCUGAUGUUCGACGCGGUCCACGUGGUGGUGAGCGCCGUGCGCGAGCUGAACCGCAGUCAGGAGAUCGGGGUGAAGCCGCUGAGCUGCACGUCUCCGCUCAUCUGUUUUCUGUCUGUCCCCCAUGGGUCAGAGGCUAUGAUGUCCCAGGUGGAGUACGACGGUCUGACGGGUCACAUCGAGUUCAACAGCAAAGGCCAGAGGACCAAUUACACGCUGAAGAUCCUGGAGAAGCACCCCCGGGGCCACAAAGAGAUUGGCACCUGGUUCUCCAACAACACGUUGGCCAUGAACGCCACGUCCCUGGACCUCAACGCGUCGGAGACGCUGGCCAACAAGACGCUCAUCGUCACCACGAUACUGGAAAACCCGUACGUGAUGCACAAGGCCAACCACCAGGACUACCAGGGCAACGACCAGUACAAGGGUUUCUGUGUGGACAUGCUGCGGGAGCUGGCGGACAUCUUGAAGUUCUCCUUUAAGAUCAAGCUGGUGGACGACGGGCUGUACGGAGCGCCGGAGCCCAACGGCAGCUGGACCGGCAUGGUGGGGGAGCUGAUCAACCGGAAAGCAGACCUGGCGGUCGCCGGCUUCACCAUCACCUCCGAGCGAGAGAAGGUGAUCGACUUCUCCAAACCCUUCAUGACUCUGGGGAUCAGCAUCCUGUACCGGGUUCACCUGGUAGGGCCGAAACCCGGUUACUUCUCCUUCCUGGAUCCAUCUCCGGCUGUCUGGCUUUUCAUGCUGUUGGCCUACCUCGCCGUCAGCUGCGUCCUCUUCCUCGCCGCCAGGCUCAGCCCCUACGAGUGGUACAACCCUCACCCGUGCCUUCGGGAGCGGCCGGACGUCCUGGUCAACCAGUACACCCUGGGGAACAGCCUGUGGUUCCCGGUGGGCGGCUUCAUGCAGCAGGGCUCCGAGAUCAUGCCCCGGGCUCUGUCCACGCGCUGCGUCAGCGGAGUGUGGUGGGCGUUCACCCUCAUCAUCAUCUCGUCCUACACGGCCAACCUGGCGGCGUUCCUGACCGUCCAGAGGAUGGAGGUUCCCAUCGAGUCUCCGGACGAUCUGGCCGACCAAACCAACAUCCAGUACGGAACCAUCCACGGAGGAUCCACCAUGACCUUCUUCAUGAACUCGCGGUACCAGACGUACCAGCGGAUGUGGAACUACAUGAACUCCAAGCAGCCCAGCGUCUUUGUGAAGAGCACCGAGGAAGGCAUCGCGCGGGUCCUCAACUCCAAGUACGCCUUCCUGAUGGAGAGCACCAUGAACGAGUACUACCGCAGCCUCAACUGCAACCUCACGCAGAUCGGAGGCCUUCUGGACACCAAAGGAUACGGCAUCGGCAUGCCUCUGGGCUCUCCGUACAGAGAUGAGAUCACUCUGGGGAUCUUACAGAUGCAGGAGAGCAACCGGCUGGAGAUCCUGAAGAGACGCUGGUGGGAGGGGGGGCAGUGUCCCAAAGAGGAGGACCACCGGGCCAAAGGUUUGGGCAUGGAGAACAUCGGCGGGAUCUUUGUGGUCCUGAUGCUGCGGCCCUCAUAUCGCGUCUUCGUGGCAUCAUGGAGUUUCUGUGGUCGACGCGACGCAGGCCGAGACGGACGAGGUAAAAACUCCAUAUCAUCCCUCCUACUCCUUCUCCUCGUGCUCUCUCCUGCCCGCCCACGGCCUCAAACCGCAGCGUCUAACACCUCAGUCUCAGUUUGUCAGGAGAUGCUGACCGAGUUUCGAAACGCCGUCUCCUGUAAGAAGAGUUCCCGAUCCCGCCGGCGCCGUCCCCUGAGCGGUACCGGGGGCGGAGUUCUGCGCCACCCGUCCCGCCUGGCCCUGGCCACCCCCCGCCCCAUCCGCCUGGUCCGCGAGAUGCGUCUCAGCAACGGCAAACUGUACAGCGGUGCCGGCUCGCUGACGGCCGGGCUGGGGGGAGGUAUGGGAGGGGGUCCUGAUCUGGGCCCGGGACCACAGAGGCUCCUGGAGGACCCGCUGAGCGCCAACGCCACCACCAGCAAGCCGCCCCCGGUGUCGUCCCUGGGGGCUCCACCUGCCCCGCUACGCAGCUUCCUGCAGGGAUGCAGCCACGUGCGGAUCUGCCAGGAGUGCCGGCGGAUCCAGAGCCUGAGGCCGGCCGCGCUCACGCCUCCGCCCCCGCCAGCCACCUCCCCCCCCCCCUCCUCCUCCUCAGCCUCCUCCUGCUCCUGUGUCCCUCCCCCUUCGGGGGCGCCGGGGCACCAUCUUCGCCACAACCCGCACCACCACCUCCACUACCACCACGGCUCCAUGUCGCUGCCCCGCCUCCCCCCGAGGCCUCCGCCGAUCCCCGCGGACAGAGCCGACAGCGACGGGGGAGGGGGGGCGGCGAGCCCUCGGCAGGCCAACGCUAAACUGCCGCCACCGCCCCGGCCGCUGCCCCCCCCCAGGACGCCGACACGCCUGCCCACGGACUUACUGGCGGGACACAACUGAGCAGAGGGACGCUGCGUGAGCCGUCAUCAGAGGGGUCAAAGGGUCAUGGUUUUAAACUGAGCAGAGGGACGCUGUGUGAGCCGCCAUCAAAGGGGUCAAAAGGUCAUGGUUUUAAACCCUCGGUGAACUUCUUUGAACCCAACGACACAGCUGAAUCCAAACUGCCCCAUCAGCAAGGGUGGAUGGAGGAAAAAAAAAACAUUUUUACCCAUUUGCAGGGCCAUUCAUAAAAACGACUUUGGCUCAGUGGAUCAUACCAGUGACCUUUCCACAGUCGGGGGGGUGGGGCGGAUUAAACCACUCUGGAGAAUGGAUCAAAUGUGUCAUUUUGGAUUGAACCAGCUGAGUUGAUCGGGGUCUGCAGGGCUGCAGGGGACGGACAAACAGGAAGUGACUGCCAAUUGGAUGCCAUCCUUGGGGUGGUUUGUUACCCCUCCACGUCUGGCCUCUGCCAAUCACCACGCCCAGUGCCAAGCGAGGAGGACUCUUUCUCUAACUGUUUGAAUACUGAAUCAGAUGUUUGUAUAGAAAGACACACAGAGACACACACACACACACACACACACACACACACACGGUAGCAGAGCAGCUGUACAGUUAUCAUGGUCAUCUGUCAAUUGUUUGGACGCCUCUGGAGGAUGGAGCUGUGGACAACCCAGCGAACGUCUGAAAAACUGAGCAACCGGUGCUGUGAACCCCCCUCAACGCAGACCAGCACACGCAUCAAUACUCACAGGAAGGGUACAAAGAGGCGCUAGGGUAGUUCUUCUUUUUCAUAUUCACCAAGGAAAGGAGAAAAAACACCCAAUGAGAUGUCCUGAAAUGUGAAACUAACAAACGAGGGAAGAGACAGCUGUUUUUUGUUUGUUUUUUAUCUGUAAAAAAAGUGGUUAAACUGUUGAGGGGAUCUUGGUUUUGAGGUUUCGAGGUUCAAGUUUUCUCUUCUGGUUACACUAUUUUAACAGUCAGCCAAUCAGAAACGAGUAUCAGAGACUAUGACCUAAACCAUUUUAGCUCCUGUUUUUAAAAGAAUAAUUUGACAUUUUGAGGAUAUGGCCAUUCAAUUUCUUUCCAAGAAUUAGAUGUUCAGAUGGUUAUCAGUCUAAUGCCUGUGUUUUUAGCGUGGACGCCAGAGUCAGGAUAUGGUUAGCUUAGCUUAGCUUAGCAUAAAAACGGGGGUUAUUUAAUAUAAGCCUGUCUUUAUUAAGACUUUAUUUGAUGUUAGGCAACCAAUCAAUAGGACAUUGCA